AAACAUUCACACAACUUCCGGGUUAACCAAUAUGGCUAACCGCCGUUAGCUUGUCCAGUUUUGCCCACGGAAAGCUGUAGAAGUCUGCAAGUGCAAAUGUAAUAUGUUAUGUUGAAAUCAACUGAAGUGCAGUCUUGUGUGAGCAAACCUACGGAGGUGUCAAGUUUAGGCUAAGUGUUAGCUAGGUCAUUAACGUUAGAGCUAACGUUAGCUAGCGUUGUUGUGAGAGAGUUGUUUUUGUUUAUUAGUUAACUCGUCUUGCUGUUGUGGCUAGUUAGUUGUUGGUUAACUAGUUAGUUAUAUGCCCUGUGUUUAAACAGCAGAUAUACCUAACUGUAGCAGCAGGAUUGUCGGUUAACGUUAAGUUAGAUAUGCAUCUGGCAGUAACAUCACGUUAAACUUUUGCAGGUUUGUGAUAUUUCAAAAUAAAAGUCAAUUUCCGUAGAUUUUCACGUGCUGAUUUCAGAUGUGAUUUCAAGUCAUAUACUCGGUAACCGCCACCACCACCAACCACCCCUUCCCCCCUAACAGAAUGGCUUCAUUUGGCUGGAAGAGGAAAGUUGGUGAGAAGGUUUCAAAGUCAGCCGUGCAGCAGUUUGAGGCUGAGGCGGAGAAGACUGAGGAUGCUGGGCCAGGUCCGGGUGACGAGGUGGACUGGCUGCACGCCAUCAAACGGCGGCGAGAGAUCCUGCUGGAGGACUGUGCAGCCAAGAGCCAGAGGCUGAAGGAUGAAGGUGCAGUGCUGGCUGAGCACGGCAGGCACUGGGAGGCCAUUAAGAAGCUGGACGAGGCCAUCCAGCUGACUCCAGACAACCCACUACUGUAUGAGAUGAAGUCUCAGGUACUGACCAUUUUACAGGAAGUGUUUCCUGCGGUGAAGGCGGCAGAGAUGGCGGUGAAGUUCCGCCCCCUUUGGUGGGAGGGCUGGCAGACUCUGGGCCGUGCCCAGCUCAACCUGGGAGAGGUGGACCUGGCUGUGAGGUCCUUCCAGGUUGCGAUCCACCUGUGCCCAUCAGAGCGCACCCUGUGGCAGGAGGACCUGGAGUGGGCAUGGAGGCUACAGAAGCAGCACUUAGCAACCAAGGAGAAGACUCGGCAAGAGGAGGAGGCCAAAGAACAGAUCCUUCAUGCCCCGGAGCUCGAGCGGGACUACGACUUUGAGUCUGAUGAGGUGCUCGCCGCCUGUGUGGCGGUCGCAGAGCGACAGACGCGCUACGAGGAGCUGAAGAGGACCGCCGUGGUCAUAGACGCUGAGGGGAAUAUAAAAAAUGUACUCGCUGGGGAAGAGGGAUCAGAGGAUGCAGCGACGCCAUUACAAGAACAGUUUGUCAAAGUAAGAGGACUUUGAAAUGGUUUCAGAAUGACUUGAUUUUCCCGGUUACAUUUUUUCCGGACCGAACGGUGUUAUUUCUGAAACCACAGUGAGUGUGUGAACCUGUAGCAUAAAGUAACCUCUUCAGAAGCAAA